GGCUGUGUCAUGAAUAUAUGGCACCACCUACUGAAUCACCCUCGGAAACAGUGUUGCAGAAUGACAAGGUUCCCAGCUUCCCUAUAUAAUGGUACAGACUCAGUGUUCAACAUAGAAGCUGAACCGAAGCUGACCUACCUACAGUUCUAUAUCUCAGAGAAAGAAACAUGCAAUCCUCCAUCGCCCUCCUGUGCCUCGUUGUCCUGGUGUGCGUGCACUCCACCGUGACCGACACCCUAGACACCCAGGACACCCACCUGUCACGUCAUAGACGGGUGAGGUCUGUGGGUGACAUCGUGGACGGACUGACAACCAAGUUCGGUAAAUAUCUGUCAUCUGUUUUCGACGUGGACGAGGACGACUUCAAGGACAUCCUCAAGGCGCUGGGGAAACUGAAGUUGGCGGUACUGAAGGCACUCCUGAAUAAAUUCUUUGACUUGAAGGACAAACACCACGAUUUUGGAAGCGCAGAAAAUUUCCAGAGAGUGUCCCAAAUGAUGGAAUCCUUGGAGGCGGAUAUUCAACAGCAGGAGACAACCAGCGGUGUCACUCAGGACACCCAACUGUCCCGCCCUGUGGAUGGCAUCGUGGACGGACUGACCACCAAGUUCAGUAAAUAUCUGUCAUCUGUUUUCGACGUGGACGAGGACGACUUCAAGGACAUCCUGAAGGCGCUGGGGAAACUGAAGUUGGCGGUACUGAAGGCACUCCUGAAUAAAUUCUUUGACUUGAAGGACAAGCACCACGAUUUUGGAAGCGCAGAAAAUUUCCAGAGAGUGUCCCAAAUGAUGGAAACGUUGGAGGCGGACAUUCAACAGCAGGAGGCAUCCAGCGGGGCGCCUGCAGCUUACGUUACCAUGACGUCAUUGACAAUUCCACUGCUGCCAGUGAUAGCUAAAGUUUUAAACUGAUCUGUCAGGAAUAUGUUAUAUUGUGUGUUGAUG